AUGAGGACCAAAUCGUGUAUUGAAUUUGACUCCCUCCCCACUGGUGCAUUGACAUGUUGCUGUCCUCUUUGCAGCUGGAGCGUGUCCUUCUACCCCCAAGUCCUGCUUAACUACCGGAGGAAAACGAGCGUCGGCCUGUCGUUCGACUUCCUCCUCUACAACGUACUGGCCUUUUCGUGCUACUCGGCUUUCACCUGCUCUUUGUAUUGGUCCAAGUCCGUGCAGCGGGCGUACGACAAGCGGCACGCGGGCCAGCCGAACAAGGUGCAGCUGAACGAUGCUGUCUUCGCCUUGCACGCUACCUUCGUGUCCUUCUUCACACUGGCGCAGGUGGUGUACUACGACUGGCGAGAUCGAAAGCAGCGACCCUCCUCCGCCGCGGUGGCAGUCUGCGGCGUCAUCCUGGCGUCUUCCUCGGCCUACGCGUUGUCCGUGUGGGCCGGGCGAACGACGCGGGGCAAUGGCAGCGAUAGGGGGCUGCUGAACUGGUUGGACUUUCUGUACUUCCUUUCGUACGUGAAGGUGGUGACAGGGAUCAUCAAGUACGUGCCCCAGGUGAUCCUCAACAUCCGGCGGCACUCCACGGCCGGGUGGACUAUCUGGAACGUCAUCCUGGACCUUACGGGAGGUCUCCUCAGCGUUGUUCAGCUGGUGCUUGACUGCUGGAAUACAGGGGACUGGGGGGGCAUCGCGGGCUACCCGGUCAAGUUCGCAAUCGGGUUUGUCAGCGUCUUCUUCGACCUCAUAUUCUUGUUUCAGCACUACGUCUUGUACCCCCAACCAAGGGCUGUCAUCAAAGUGGACGGGUUCCUGCCGAGCGGGACGGCGUCUGCUCCACUGUUGCGAGAGGGGGCUCCUGGCGGGGGGGGCGAGGGUUGGUGGAUUGACGAGGAGGAUGAUGGAUCUUCCACCAGGGAAGAGUAAAUGCAAAACUCGAGCACGUACAAGCACAAGAGGUAUAUGUAGGAAGCUACACGAAGUUACACGGACGGCGGGUGUGUUGUCGAUUCGGCAACGCGAGCCCAGGUGUACAGGACAGCUGAUGCUUCCGGUGGAAGUUUGAGGGAAGAACCGGGUAGUGUUGCAGAUAUAAAAGUACAUAGCCGACUCUGCGGCUGCGUGGGCCAUCCUUU